CGGCACCGUAGACAUGGAUGUGUUCGGGGACCUGCUGAGGAUGAACAAGAGGCAGCUGUACUAUCAGGCGCUGAAUUUUGCCAUGAUAGUAUCAUCGGCUCUCAUGAUAUGGAAAGGCCUUAUUGUAGUCACCGGCAGCGAGAGCCCCAUAGUUGUCGUACUCAGUGGCAGUAUGGAACCAGCGUUUCACCGGGGAGACUUGCUUUUCCUAACCAACUUCCAGGAAGACCCCAUCCGUGGCGGAGAAAUUGUGGUCUUUAAAGUAGAUGGAAGGGAUAUCCCUAUAGUUCACAGAGUCAUCAAAGUUCAUGAAAAAAUGUUUUCACAUUUAAAAGAGAAUAUUAAGUUCCUGACCAAAGGUGACAACAAUGAAGUUGAUGACCGAGGUCUAUAUAAAGAAGGCCAGAACUGGCUGGAAAAGAAGGACGUAGUAGGCAGGGCGAGAGGGUUUUUGCCGUAUGUCGGAAUGGUAACUAUAGUGAUGAAUGAUUAUCCCAAAUUUAAGUACGCUGUUUUGGCGAUCAUGGGAGCUUUUGUACUUGUAAAACGUGAAUCUUAAUCCUCG